UCGCAUAAGAGAACAAGGAAAUUAUGCGCCGUGCGGUCCCACCGCACGAUUCCCUCUUGCCGCCAAUUGUCUCUACCACAAUUCCCCACUCUCUCUUCAAAAGUCCAUCUCCCUCUACCCCCAUUGUCCCCCAAUCGCAACAAUCUCCCGUCCGGCGACGGCGGCAGCGACGGCGGCGCUAUGCCGAUAGUGCUCGCGAACAAUCUCCACAGCUCGAAAUUCGAUUCCGAUAACGUUUCCCCUUUCUCCACUGCCUCUGGAUGCUCGUCUUCCGCCCCGUCUUCCAUUGCCAGGCCGCAGCUCGUGUCCGGCACGGACCCCUGCGAUGCGAUCCGGCGUCUCAUCGGAUCCAAUGGAUCGAUCGCGAUCUCUGAUCUCCGGGCGAUCCAACGGCUGGGAAGCGGUGACAUCGGCAGCGUAUAUCUCGCCGAGAUCAAAACUUGUGGCGGCGGCGGAGGAGGCAGAGUUCUCGUGGCUGCCAAAGUUAUGGAUAAGGGCGAGCUCGAAGGGAGGAACAAGAGCGCGAGGGCUAAGACGGAGAGAGAGAUUCUGGAGAUGCUUGAUCACCCGUUCCUUCCGAAACUCUACGGAUGUGCUGAGAACGAUAAACUGACUUGUCUUCUAACUGAAUUCUGUCCCGGCGGCGAUCUCCAUCUUCUCCGGCAGCGCCAGCCGGGGAAGAGGUUCGACGAGCACGCUGUCAGGUUCUACGCAGCAGAGCUAGUGGUUGCCCUAGAGUACCUUCACGUGCUGGGCAUCAUCUACCGCGACCUGAAACCCGAAAAUGUCCUCGUCCGUUCAGACGGCCACAUAAUGCUCACCGACUUCGACCUCUCCCUCAAGAGCGAAUACGGCUGCUCCCCCACCGCCCAAUUCGUCCGCGGCCCCCGCCCAUCUUCCUCCCCGUCCACCACCUCAGCCCACCGAACCAACUCCUGCAACCACUUCCCCAACUGCAUCGUCCCCGGCGUUUCAUGCUUUCAUUCCAAGCGCGGCAAUCGCAAGAAACCAGCUCGCCUCGGCGGCCCGACCGACGGGCUAGAGUUCGUCGCCGAGCCCGUCGAUCUCCGCUCCAUGUCGUUCGUCGGAACGCACGAGUAUCUGGCGCCUGAGAUUGUCGCCGGAGAAGGGCACGGAAGCGCGGUGGAUUGGUGGACGCUCGGCGUGUUCAUCUACGAAUUGCUUUACGGAGUGACGCCGUUCAAGGGAUUGAAUGAAGAUAGAACUUUGGCGAAUAUAGUGGCUCGAGGGCUGGAGUUUCCGAAGGAGCCGGCGGUGUCAAGCGCGGCGCGGGAGCUUAUAAGCGGGUUGCUGGUUAAGGAUCCGGCGAAGAGGUUGGGGUCGACGACAGGGGCUGCGGCGGUGAAGAGGCAUUCGUUCUUCGGCGGAGUUAGCUGGGCGCUGUUAAGGUGCGAGGUGCCUCCGCACGUGCCGCCGGCAUUUUCCGUCGAUGGAGGGAGUAGCGGGGAGUUGACGGAUGAUAGUAGCGCUGAGGCGCCGGUGGAGUACUACUAAGUACUAACUAUUAGUACGAAGGUUGAUUGAAGGGAGUGAAAAUUGUUGUGGGAAUUAUUCUGUGUGGAGUCUGGACGUCCGGAUUAUGACUGUAUACAUAUUGUGUACAUAAUAUAAAUAAUGUGUGCCACAUUUAUGUAUAUAAUGUAUACAAUAUGUGUAUACUCAAA